AUGAUGUUAACAAACUUAACCGGAGAAGGAAACAACAAAACGAUCGAACACCAAUAUUGCUCAGCAGAAUUAAGUGAAAAUGUACACACCUAUUUAAUUUUUCUGUCCGUGAUAAAUAUGUUUCUGUCCAUUAUGGCAUUUCUGGGGAACACUCUGAUUCUAGUUGCUCUGCGCAAAGAAUCUUCUCUUCAUCCGCCAUCCACACUCCUGUAUCGUAACUUAGCGAUAACUGAUCUCUGUGUUGGUAUCAUCAUGGAGCCAAUUGCUGUUACAUAUUGGAUAUCUCAGGCGAUGCAACUGUCGGAUAUUUGUCAAUACACCAUAUACUUAACAUAUGUAAAAGGCCAUGUUCUGUUUUUAUUGUCUCUGUUGACAAUAACUGCAAUAAGCAUUGACAGACUUUUCGCCUUGUUGCUGGGGCUUAGAUACGGACAAGACGUAACUUUGAAAAGAACAUACGUAGUUAUAACCAUCAUUUGGGCUAUCUCCAUUGUCUUUGGGGAAAUUUACAAUGUGAACCCCCUUGUAGCCUUUUGGUGGAGGAACAUAGUUAAAUCACUGUGUCUCGUCACGUCCACCUUGUCUUAUACGAAAAUGUUCCUCACUCUGCGUCACAACCUAAUUCAGCCACAGGAAAACAUCUCCAAACCACAGUCAACCCAAGCAACUCCACUGAACAUGGCUCGAUACAGAAAGGCAGCAUCAAGUGCACUGAGGGUACAAGUAACCUUAGUUGUUUGUUAUCUGCCGUAUUUUGCUGCAGUAGUUCUAACGCCUCUUGGAGAGUUACCAUUUCCAACUUACCUUGCUCGAAAAUUUGGGGUUACUAUUUUAUUCCUAAACUCGUCGCUAAACCCGUUGUUGUACUGCUGAAAGAUCAAAGAAGUUAGACAAGCGGUCAAAGAAACACUCAGACAGGUUUCCUGUUUGUUUGUUUAAUUUCAGUAUAUUUCGUACUGAAUAUAAAGCUAUUGUUCGGUAAAGGUUGUCCUCUCCUGUCUUUGCUCAUUUUUUUUUUUGUCAUUUUGUUUUCACUUUUUCUACUGUUUUUGCUUGGCGCUACCUGUUUUACAAUUAGCAUCAACGGUGAAACAGUUUGGGCAAAAUGAUUAAAAAAGACGUUUACGUCGAUUCUUUCCGCAAAUGUACAUAUUUGAAGCGUUUUUAGUAAAUAACUAUCCACAAUGCGGAGUUUUCUUUCCGUAAUAAAACAGGUGCCAACAGAUAAUCCGUUUUGCAAAAAAUUUAGGCGAAACGACUUCUGUUAAUAGGUUUUUUAUUACUAAAAGAAGCGAAUUUGCAAGUGAGUUGGAAAAGUGACAAAAAUGACAAUUUUGGUCCCUCUUUAACCUUGAGGCGCUAACUGUUUUUGCUUUUUUUCAAUUCCACUGAUUACUUAGUUUCCAUAUAAAUUAAAAAUCAGCUUUAAAUUGCCUCAGGUGAAACCUGUUAAGUUAUGACUGUCGGGAACUAUCCGUUCAAAUAGCUGAUGAUAAUUAUCCUAAAACAUCUUCAGUUGCCAGUCACGUCUCCUAAUUGCGUAGAAUUUGUCCUACUUUUAAUUUUCUUUUGUUUGUGAAAAUUAAUCUUCCCAAGAAGCUGAAAGUUUAAUAAUAGCCGGCGUCAAAUGAACAAUGAAGCAAUGGUGGACACCUUUGUAUUUGCACGCUUGGCUCUGUCCCUUUGGUGGCGUGUAAAGAAGGUUUAACUAUAUACUUACAAUCAUGUUUCCGGCCCUUGAAAAUUUAACACUCAUCUGGUUAGUUGGUUGGGUCAUCAGAAUGUGGAGAGAGCUAGGCUUGGGCUUGAUUCCCAAGGGUAUAAAACAAGUGAGGAGAAAUUCCUACAUUUGUUUGAUUUCCGCAACAAAUAGUUAGACAUUAGACAAUCUAAACUUUUCGGAUAAGUCUAAGGAACCAUAGACCCCAUCUCAAGCUACGUGCAAACAAACGCAACAACUCCCAACAUUGUUGGGCCAACAAUGUUGGGACUUGUUGUGUCCGUGUUGGCAGUGCAUCGUGAGAAAAAACAACCCAUAAGCCUUUCUAAACCACGUGUAAUGUCGCGCGUGGCCCCAACAAAUUGGAAGAGCUGUGCAAACGGAUCCAACAUUGUUGCGCUAUGCUUCGGCGAUCACGGAACAGCAGAAAUGUUGGGAGUUGUUGGCUCAAAAAUUUGACAAGUUUCAAAUUUUGCGCAACAACUCGCAUCAACACGCAACACGUAAUAUCCAACAAUGUUGCUUUCGUUUCCAUGGAGCUUAACAGUAUUUUCACUUAAUCUGACUCUGUCAGCUCUUUGCAUCACCUGUUAAAUAAUAGGUAUUCCAGUGAGCCGGACUGGACUUCAAAAUCCAACUCUGUUGGAGUUGUGUACCUUAAAAAAAAAUCCGAAGUAAAGUUACACCAACUGUGAUAUCUGUCGUUAGCUGUAAUAACACUUGUCCAGGAUUAUAAUAACCAAGCUAGCGUAAAUUGUAACAUGACGUUAUAGAAAGUAGUAAUUUUUAAUGAGCCGAACUGCGGUAAAUUGAAAUAACAACAUCAAGCCUCAAUUUUUUUGUUCUAUGAUUAUUAUCGGAUAUUACGGUACAUUACUGUUCACUAGACGCAAGAAAACUAAAAUUAAACACUUCAUAUAAUUGCUCAGUAGAAUUAACUGGAAAACUAAACAGCCUUAGUUUCGUGAUAAACAUAUUUCUGUCCAUUACAUGUACAGCUGGGAAUACCCCCGGUACAAAAACGGGAGCAUUAGGUUUUACUUUCAUUGACAAAUGUUGCCCCCUUCAUAUAGGAAGUUUAGAACGCCUCUCUUCUUUUCAUUCAAAUUACAGAGCAUUGAUAACUUGUCAAUGGCAGUCUCUAACCUACUAUUGUGACUUGCUCUUAGCGAAAGCGAGGUUUCAAACUUUGUCGCGCGCGCACAGCGCGCAGAUCGCACGUGGAUUUUAGCGGCUGGCAAAUUCGGUUGGCCCAUAAUAUUUCCAUCUAUAUAUCCGAUGUUGUCUGCCAUGUCAUAAGAAUUUACAUUAUUUCAAACAAUCGUCGAGCAGGAAAUUAAACAAACCGAGAACGUACCACCUGCGCUGCUAGUUAAUUCUAUGCCAAAGGACGCGUUUGAGGUGUUGGACAGGUGCUCGUUCAAGAAAACCUAUUCAAACUCUAGCAAAAUGGUGGUAACAAAUUUAACUGGAGAAGGAAACUACAAAACAAUCGAACAACUUUAUUGUUCCAAAGAACUGGCGGCUGGAAAGGUGAACAAUUGCUUCAUGAUUUUGUCUGUGAUAAAUAUCUUCCUGUCCAUUCCUACAUUUCUGGGGAACACUAUGAUUCUAGCAGCUCUACACAAGGAAACUUCACUUCAUCCGCCGUCCAAACUCCUGUAUCGUAACCUAGCGAUAACUGAUCUUUGUGUUGGUGUCAUCUUGGAACCUCUUAUGGUUACUUAUUGGAUAUCUGAGGCGACAGAAAGAUGGGAUAUUUGUCGCUACGUCUUCGUAUCAGCAUAUGUCAUAGGAUAUGUUCUUUGUGCAGUGUCCUUAAUGACGAUAACUUUAGUAAGCUUAGACAGACUUCUUGCCCUGUUGCUAGGGCUCAGAUACAAACAAGUUGUAACUUUGAAGAGAACAUAUUUAACGAUAACAGUCUUUUGGACUAUUUCCAUCGUCGCUGCAACAAUGUACUUUGUGAACCCAUUUGUAACUUCCUGGAUUGGCAAUAUAGGUAUAAUACUCUUCUUGAUCACAUCAAUCUUGUCUUAUACCAAAAUUUUCAUUACUCUGCGUAAAAACCAAAUUCAGCCACUGGAACACGACUCAAAAGCACAGUCAACCCAACCAACGUCAAUGAACAUGGCGCGAUACAGAAAGGCAGUAUCCAGUGCACUGUGGAUACAAGUAACAAUAGUUGUUUGUUAUCUGCCGUACGUUGUUGCGGUAGUCUUGACGCCUAAAAGAGAAUUACCUUUGCCGUAUUACCUUGCUCGACAAUUUGGGGCUACUGUUAUUUACUUAAACUCAACAUUAAACCCAUUCCUAUAUUGCUGGAAAAUCAAAGAGGUCAGACAAGUGGUGAAAGACACACUCAGACAAGUUUCCUGUUCGUCGGUUUAA